CACUGUUUCGCUCGGUCUGCGCAGCGCCGCCUCCAGUCGAACACACACACACACACACACACACACACACACACACCCCAGUAACGCGACAGACUCGUUAUUAACACACAAGCGGUCGUCGCGGGACACUUUGAUCCGGAUCACGGAUGGACGCCCCUGAUGCGGUGUUCGUCCCGGACCGACGGGCUCCUUCCAGUCACCUCCUGCUGGAGCAGCUGCCCAGCUAUCAGUCUCUGUUGUACCGGAGGAAGACCAGCUCCAGCAGCAGGAGGCGGGGCAGUGGGCGGGGCAGACAGCCAUCAAUCAACAGUGGGAAAUGGGCGGAGCAGAAACCUGUCCACAGCGGGGAGGAGCUCAAACCUGUGAGGGAGCUUCCCAAGAGCAUGCAGGAGAAGCAGCACGAGAAGCAGCAGCGUCUCCAGCAGGGCGGCGCUCUCACCGGCUGGGGUUUGUGGAGACUCAAUGUCCAUCGAUCUCUGAAGCGUCUCAAGGAGGACGGGAUGGAUGUCCUCUCGUCUCUGCAGCUCUGGAGGGCAGAUAUUCAUCUCAUCGAGGGAAUGUUUGGGACGGGAAUCCUGUCGUAUUUUUCAUUCCUGCGCUUCCUGGUGCUUCUGAAUUUCAUCAUGUUUCUGCUGAUGUUUGUGUUUGUGAUGCUGCCAGUGAUUAUCACAUCACACAGCACACACAACAUCACCUACAGCAGCAGCAACGGGAGCGAGUGCAGUGUGUAUCUGGGUUCUUCUCGACAGGGUCUCGUCGUGUUUCAUGAGCACAUCACAGACCUGCUGUCUGGAACGGGCUUCCUGGAGCACACGUACCUCUUCUAUGGUUACUAUAAGCUGGAGUUCAUUCAUUCCCACUUCACCUACAACCUGCCGCUGGCGUAUCUGCUGGCCACCAUCACAUACCUGCUGCUGAGCCUGGUGUGGAUCGUCAAGAGGUCUGCGGCUGGUUUCAAGCGCAAGCUCAUACAAGACGAGGACCGCUUCCAGAGCUUCUGCAAUAAGGUGUUUGCCGGCUGGGACUUCUGCAUCACUAACGAGAAUGCUGCGCGUCUCAAGCGGAGCAGCUUGCUGUACGAGCUCAAGAUGGAUCUAGAGGAGGAGCGAAUCAAGCGCAAGAUGGCGAAUCGCACGCGCGGCGAGAAGUGUCGCAUCUACGCUCUCAGAGCCGCUCUCAAUCUCUUCGUCAUGGCCGUUCUGGUCGCCUGCUUCUACUGCAUCUAUGUGGCCACGGUCUUCUCACAGCGGAAGCAGGCCGAGGAUCAGAAGAGUAACUUCCUGCUGGAGCUGGUCGUGGAGUAUCUGCCCUCCAUUGUCAUCACACUGGCUAACUUCAUCACGCCGCUGAUCUUCAACCUCAUCAUCAGCUUCGAGGACUAUUCGCCUGCGUUUGAGAUCCGCUUCACAUUAAUGAGGUGUGUGUUCAUGCGUUUGGCCAGUAUCGGUGUGCUGCUCUUCUCUCUGUGGGUCCAGAUCACAUCCUGUGCAGCUACAGACUGUCCCUGCGGCUACAACCAUCAGCUCUACCCCUGCUGGGAGACUCAUGUUGGGCAGGAGAUGUGA